GAUGACAGGUAUUUUCUGAGUGGGUCAUUGGAUGGAAAGCUCCGUCUUUGGAACAUACCUGACAAAAAAGUGGCUUUGUGGAAUGAAGUAGAUGGUCAGACAAAAUUGAUCACAGCUGCAAAUUUCUGUCAGAAUGGCAAAUAUGCAGUGAUCGGGACAUAUGAUGGCAGAUGUAUUUUCUAUGAUACAGAGCAUUUGAAAUACCAUACACAAAUACAUGUCAGAUCUACUAGAGGACGCAACAAGGUUGGAAGAAAAAUUACUGGCAUUGAGCCUUUACCUGGAGAAAAUAAGAUACUGGUGACCUCAAAUGAUUCCAGAAUCAGAUUAUAUGAUCUGAGAGAUUUGUCACUGUCCAUGAAGUAUAAGGGUUAUGUUAACAGCAGCAGCCAGAUCAAAGCAAGUUUCAG